GCGAAGCAGGUACUCGAAGCCGAGGAUCAGGUGUGAUGGUGGCACAGGCUCAGGACAGUUUGGCACAGACUACGGAUAAGGUUAUGGAUAAGGCGAUUCCUCCCGGGCGUGCGGAACCGGUUACGACGCCAGAGGUGGAGAGGUUGCUGGACUGUAUGAAAUGGGAUGCCAACGGACUGGUGGUAGCCAUCGCGCAGCAUGUGGACACUGGAGCUGUCCUGAUGCAGGGUUUUGCAGACAGGGAUGCGGUCUCGGCGACGCUCGCGUCGCGUCGCGCUACGUUCUUCAGCCGGAGUCGCCAAUGUCUUUGGACGAAAGGAGAGACGUCGGCGAACUUCAUACACGUGGUUGAUGUUUUCCUAGAUUGCGACCGGGACUCGGUGAUAUACUUAGGGUCGCCCGACGGGCCGACAUGUCACACGGGUGAGGAGACGUGCUAUUUUAUUCGCGCGGAUGACGUCGUGUCCGGCGGGUUGCAGUACGCCAAGGAAAACAAGCUGCAGGUGUUGACCUCCCUCUAUUCGUUGGAGAAGGUGAUUCGGAAUCGUGCCGAGGAAGGAGAGACUGCGGUUGUUGCUGCCGGCAAAACUCCUCCUGCUAAGCCCUCGUGGACACGUAAACUGCUGUCUAACCCGGAACUUCUCUGCGCGAAGGUUAGGGAAGAGGCCGAUGAGCUCUGCAGAACGCUGGAAGAGAGUGAAGGGAAGGAUAGGGUCGCAUCGGAAAUGGCUGACCUGUUGUAUCAUUCAAUGGUGCUGCUGUCCUUGCAGGGUGUCACUCUCGAGGACGUCGCCAAAGUAUUGCGCGGACGGUUUCCUCUCUCAGGUAUUGAGGAAAAGAACAGUAGGGAAGGCACGUCGUAAGCAACGAAACGUAUUGACCGAGAAGAUAUUGUUGAUCAGUUAGAAAAGCACACUUCGUAUAGGAACGGCACAUAGCAUGAGACUAAGUAUUGAGGGAAAGGACCGUAAGAAAGCCACAUAGUAUGAGGCUAACAGUAAGAAAGCCACAUAUAAGCAAGGCGCCCACUGGCACCCAUGUUUUCUCUUGCCCUUGACACAGCACGUUUUUUUUUUUUUUUUUUUUUGUGGGGGUGUGUGUGGGGAGAGCCCAUGCUAAUCUUCUCUGUAUCGUUCUAAUUUUAACAGAUGUCCCGAUGACUUGACACAGCACAUGAUGUAUGCAUGAGUUGUGCCUUGUUCUUUCUUUUCUUUUUUUUAUCCUGUGCUUGUUCGUUAAACCACCAGUACUUCCUAGAGUCGUGCCCGUUAACGC